AUGCCAUGCGGUCCCCUCUUCCACUCCCGUGCGUGCAACAACACAUGCCUGGACUGCGUGUGGGCAAAUUGGACAGAGUGGGGUCAGUGCUCCGCUUCCUGUGGCGGUGGAGUCCAGUCCCGCAGCCGCUACAUUUCGCGCCCAAAGGUGGGCGAGGCGGAGGAUUGCGAAGGACCCUUGAACGAGACCCAAGCCUGCAACGAGCAGAGCUGUCCGAUUGAUUGUGUCCUUGCCGACUGGAGCGGAUGGUCGGACUGCGAUCCCUACUGCAUCGGGACCCAGAGCAGGAAUCGCAUCGUGGUCACUGCCCCCGAGUUUGGAGGGGUUCCAUGUGGGAACCUCUCUGAGACGCAGCGUUGCACCAACUUCUGCAUGGACUGCCAGCUGUCUGACUGGACUGAAUGGGCUAGCUGCAGCAAGACCUGCGCUGGCGGAAGCCAGCACCGCUUGCGGGAUGAAGUGUAUGUGCAACGAAUGGCCAGCAGCUUUUCAGCAAAGAGUUUGAGUGGAGAAGUCUUUCAGGGUUCCAGUCUCCUUGUGUUUGGUUCGUGGGAGACGCAUCUCGCUUCUGGCAAGCAGUUCGAGCGCCCAUGCGUAGGCCUCAUCGAGCUGCAAGCAGGCUCCGCCUCUUCCACAGGAGCCUGGGGCUACCAAAAGAAGAUGGGCGUUAGGUGCGACCCAAAGCAUCAGCGAAGUGCGAAUACGGCGGGACUCCUCAGGAGGCAGAAGCCUUGUGCAGCGCUGAUCCCACUUGCGGAGGCCUUGAGUUUGUAUGACCAGGGCUGUGACAACUGGGUGACACUCUGCGAUGCAGACUUCACUCUUGAAAGUGAGGAAGGUUCAUGCUCCUACCUCAAGAAGGAGAUCGGUCAAGGCGUGCCAUGCCAAGGGAACAUCAGCGAGACUGCGACUUGCAACGAGCAAAUGUGUCCGGUGGAUUGUGUAAUGACAGAGUGGACUGACUGGUCACCGUGUGAUCCCUUUUGCAACGGGACGCAAAAGCGCGAGAGGAACAUCACCACGCAUGCAGCCUAUGGCGGUGUUCCCUGCGGUCCAAGUCUGGAGGCGCAACGAAGCCGUGCCAUCGAGACGCCGAAACAAGGAGGUGGCCAAGAGUGCACUGGAAGCGACCAGGAGACGAAGACCUGCAACGAGCAGGAGUGCCCUGUGGACUGCGAGCUCGGAAGUUGGACCGCUUGGAACGGCUGUGAGCCUUACUGCGAAGGUUCGCAGACGCGCCAGCGGAAUGUCACACGAAAGGCCGCCUUCGGAGGCAAAUCCUGCAAUGCCUUGGCGGCUGAAGAGCCCGACUUCGCGGGCGGUGUGACGAAGCAAAUCCGACAGUGCUCAAAUCCAUGCGGCCCACAGGAUUGCCUUUGGUCUAAUUGGGCUGACUGGGGUGAGUGCUCUGCUUCUUGCGGCGGUGGGAUCCAGUCCCGCGACCGUCACAUUGCGCGCCCAAAGAGGGGCGAGGCUGAAGAUUGCACAGGACCCUUUAACGAGACACAGGCUUGCAACGAGAAGAGCUGCCCCAUCGAUUGUGUCCUUGCCGACUGGAGCGGAUGGUCGGACUGCGAUCCCUAUUGUGUUGGGAGUCAAAACCGGAAUCGGAUUGUUGUCACGGCGCCAGAGUUCGGUGGGAUGCCAUGUGGGUCAGUGUCUGAGACGCAGCGUUGCACCAAUUUUUGCAUGGACUGCCAGCUGUCCGACUGGAAUGACUGGGCUAGCUGCAGCAAGACCUGUGCUGGUGGAAGCCAGCACCGCCUGCGGGAUGAAGUGUAUGUACAACGUUCAGCCAGCAGCCUCAUCGAGCUGCAAGCAGGCUCCGCCUCUUCCACAGGAGCCUGGGGCUACCAAAAGAAGAUGGGCGUUAGGUGCGACCCAAAGCAUCAGCGAGCCGGUGCCGCGACACCUCAGGAGGCAGAAGCCUUGUGCAGCGCUGAUCCCACCUGUGGAGGCAUGUACGACCAGGGCUGUGACAACUGGGUGACGCUUUGCGAUGCAGACUUCACUCUGGAAAGCGAGGAAGCCUCGUGCUCCUACCUCAAGAAGGAGAUCGGUCAGGGCAUACCAUGCAAAGGGAACAUAAGUGAGACGGCCACUUGCAACGCACACACUUGUCCAGUGGACUGUGUGAUGACGGACUGGGCCGAAUGGUCGGCGUGUGAUCCAUUUUGCAACGGGGUGCAAACGAGAGAGAGGAACAUCACAACGCAUGCAGCCUUCGGUGGUGUUCCUUGCGGUCAAAGUCUGGAGGACCAGAGUUGCAGCAACUUCUGCGUCGACUGUACUUGGUCGGACUGGGGCGCAUGGUCGACAUGUACCCUGUCUUGCGGAGGUGGCACAGCACAGCGAACCCGUGCCAUCGAGACGCCGAAACAGGGAGGUGGACAGUGCACUGGAACUGGCAUGGAGGACAAGACCUGCAACGAUGAGGAGUGUCCUGUGGAUUGCGAGCUCUCCACCUGGACUGCUUGGACCGGCUGCGAGCCGUACUGCGAAGGCACUCAGAUGCGGUACCGAAAUGUUACACAGGAAGCUUCCUUUGGAGGCAGGUCCUGCAACGCCGUCGCGGCUGAAGAGCCCGACUUCGAGGGCGGAGUCACCAAGCAGAUCCGACAGUGCUCCAACGAGUGUGUGGAUUGCGAGUGGGGUGACUGGGCGCCGUGGAGCAAUUGCAGUGCGUCGUGCCAGGGUGGCACCCACACGCGAAACCGAGAGGUUGCAGUGCCGGCAGAUGGUGGCGGCAAGCAGUGCAAGGGCAAUGUCACCGAGGUUGGUGUCUGCGCCGACACGAUCGCAUGCCCGGUUGACUGUGUGAUGACGGUGUGGGGCGGAUGGACGCCGUGUACGCCAUACUGCAGCGGCAAGCAGCAGAGGAACCGGGUCAUCCUGACCCAGCCCUUUGCCGGUGGAGCUGCCUGUGGGGAGACAGCCGAGGAGAUAAGCUGCAACAACACGUGCAUCAAUUGCCAAGCUUCGUCUUGGACAGACUGGUCCGAGUGCUCCAAGACUUGCUCUGGUGGUACACAGCACAGGUCUCGCACAAUUCUCAAGCAGGCAGAGGGCGAAGGUACCCCUUGUCCAGACCAGCUGGAGCAGACCAAGGAGGAUAUGUGUGCACCCCUGGACUGCCCAGUGAAUUGCAUUUGGGGUGACUGGCUUCCCUGGAACGGCUGCAGCGUCACUUGUGGCGAGGGCACUCAAGACAGAACGCGCGUGGAGGUCGUGUCCGCACAGUACGGAGGUACUGCAUGCGAGGGCAGCAACCGAGAGUGGCGUGCCUGUGAUGUGGAGAUCUGCCCCGUGGACUGCCAGUGGGGCCCUUGGAGUGCCUGGGGCAACUGCAGCGCCACCUGCGACAGCGGCUUCCAGUUUCGCAACAGGUCCGUUCUUGUUGAGAAGGUGGGAGAAGGUGCUGAUUGCGAUGGACAUUCGGAGGAUUACGAGCCCUGCGCUCAGCAAGGUUGCCCGAGGGACUGUGUACUCCACGAUUGGGAGCCGUGGUCCGACUGCUCCCACACCUGUGGGCCCCUUGGCAGGCGGAAGCGGAUCAGGGAUGCAGAGUCGGAGAUCGAAGGCGGCAGGCCUUGCAAUGAGUCGAACGAGGAGUACGAGGCUUGCGGCCUUGAAGGUUGCCCUCGCAACUGCAUCUGGGGUGAUUGGGGCGGCUGGAGCAAUUGCACACAGAGCUGCGGCAAAGGCAUCGCGUUCCGGAACAGGAUCCAGCUGGUGGUGGCUGCCUACGGUGGAAACUGCGUGGGCAGUGCUACGCAGACAGAAUACUGCAACGAUGUGCCUUGCCCUGAGGAUUGCAGCUGGAACGAUUGGGGCGAGUGGACGUCGUGUACGCAAUCCUGUGGAGGAGAUGUCACCGGGACGAAGUCGCGGCUUCGCACGAAAUCAGGGCCCUUCAAUGCCGGGCAGGAGUGUGUUGGCUUCCCAACGGAGACGGCCGCGUGCAACGCACCUGGCGGUUGCUCUGUCAAUUGCACCUGGGAGGACUGGAACGAGUGGACGGCUUGCUCCAGGACCUGCAGCAAGGGCACACGCACUCGACUCCGCUUCGUGGACACCGAGGCACAUUGUAGCCGAAGUUGCAGAUGUGUCCCAUUCAUGGUCCCCUCCACACCAGCCAUGUCGGCCUCGUUCGGCCUGCGUUCCCGAGCUCCACGAGAGGAGGAGCGCCUGCGUAUGUGCACUUCGAUUCUCAACAACUGCGGACGAAGUUCUGAUUGGCAGCAAGCGCUGUGGCUGCUGGAGGAGAUGCCGCUCCAUGAACUGCGCCGCAAUGCCUUCAGCUGCAGCGCCUCCAUCACGAGCUGCGCACGGGCUGAGCGGUGGCCCUGGUGUCUGGAGCAGCUCCAGCAGAUGCAGCAGGCUUCUCAGCGGCUAGAUGAUGUGAGCCUCGGCGCAGCUCUGCGUGGAUGCCGCGGUGGUGCCUGGCCGGCGGCGCUGGUAUUGCUGGCAGGUCACACCCCAAACGUGGUAGGCUACAAUGCGGCAGUGACAGCGUGCGGGGUUGACAGCCAGUGGCAGAUUGCGUUUGGUAUUCUGGGAUGGAUGAAACGCCGGUCUAUCCAGCCCGAUCUUUGGAGCUACAAUGCCUUGAUCAAUGCCGUCGAAGUGGCCGCGCGUUGGGAGUUGGCGCUGCAGCUGCUGGAAGAGGCUGGGCAGCUUCAACUUGAACCGGAUUCCUUCUCCUUUGGUUCCUGCAUCAGCGCCUGCGAAGCUAGUGGAGAGUGGCAGGUGGCACUGCACUUGCUCGUGCACAUGGAGCUGCAAGGCCUACUUCUUCAGGAGGUACCCUGCAACGCGGCGAUCAGUGUCUGCGCCACAGGUCAGCAAUGGCAGCAUGCCGUGGCGGUGCUGCACGACAUGUGCAAGAAAAGGCUGCAGAUUGACAUCAUUGGCGUUAACGCAGCUAUCAAUGCCUGCGCCCGCAGUGCACGAUGGGAGGAAGCGCUGUCUCUCGUGCGUUCCGUCGAUUCGCUGCGACUCCAGCGCACGGUGGUCAGUUGCAAUGCGGCGAUGACAGCAUGUGAGAAGAGUGGCGAAUGGCAACUCGCUCUCGCUUUGCUCCAAGAGAUGCAGCAAACGUCGACGGAGCCGACGGUGAUCAGCUUUGGUGCAGCCAUCAGCGCCUGCCAGAAGGGGUCGCAAUGGGAUGCUGCCCUGACCCUCCUCAGUCGCAUCGGGGAGAUGGAACUGCAAGCCAAUGAGAUCUGCUUUUGCGCUGCGAUGACAGCUUGUGCAGCUGCUGGUCAGUGGAGAAGGAGCAUGGACAUCAUUGAUGCGAUGCUGGACGCAGGUAUUGAUGGCUUCCAUGGUGCUGAUUAUGAUCACAGUUUUCAGGCCGGAAGUUCUGUCGACUGCUUCAAGCACUCCGUCUUGACGCUGCUGUUGCAACGUUUGUCUUCAGUUGAAGCGCCGUUCACCUAUGUUGAUACACACGGAGGAUGGGGCUUGUACAACUUGACCCACGAUUCUGACACGUACCACAACUCUGAAUUUGGUGUUGCGCAGCUGGAUGCAGCUGAGCAGCUCCACCCAACCAUCCAGGCUUACCUCCAGAAUUCGCACAGGCUGCACAGCUCUGGCAGAGGCUCCCGGCUCUACCUGGGCUCGCCCUUGCUGGCACAGCAGUGGUUGCGCCCUCAGGAUCGAGGCAUCUUUUUGGAGAUGGCUCCCAGCGUGCAUGCCAAGCUUCUUCAACACCAGAAGAUGCUUGAUCCCAACGGCGUGUCAAAUGCCGAAGUCCUCAGAGCCAACUCCUACUGGUGGUUGCUGCGGGCUGCCGGACCCGAGACUUUCAGGGAAAGGGGGUUGGUCCUGAUGGAUCCACCGUACGAGCCGUACCAAUCCUUUAUGGCAUGGAACCUCCGCUUGCUGCAGUUCCUGGAGUCCAAGUGGCCCAGUGCUUGUGUGGCUGUGUGGUAUCCCUGCCUGGACGGACCGCAGCUUCGAAACCUCUACCAGGGCCUCAGUGGUCUCGGGAUGGGCCAUGUGCUGGUGGUGGAGUUUGGGUUCCGAGACUCAUCGGCCAAGUCCCUCCAAAAUUCAGGCUUUCUCAUCCAGAACCCUCCCGAGCACACGGUCGAGCACUUGCGGGAGCUGCUGCCAGCAUUGGGGCGGGCGAUGGGAGCCUCGGCUACCAUCCGUGCACGAAUCUUCUGGGCGAAAGACUGGGCCUACGGCCCCUUGGGCCUGAAUUGCACCGGGGAGCCAUCGGAAGAGGAACUUUGCGACACAGAGCUACCCUGCCCAAUCGACUGCCAGUUCGAGGACUGGGGCGACUGGGGCAAAUGCCAGCUCCAACCCUGUGGCCCCGCCCAGCGCCUGCGCAGCCGCGAGAGGGGCUCGGCGCAGUUCGGUGGCGCCCCAUGCUUAGGCAAUCUCAGCGAGGUGGAGGAUUGCGAGAUUCCCGGAGCACCGCCCGUGCCUCCCUGCAAUGUGACCGUCCCCUUCUCUCCCGAAAGCAAUAAGACCUCGGAGCCGGAGGGAGACGAAUCCACAGUGACGAACCCACCUGCCGGAUCGGCGGAGGUGAAUCCACCGAAGCCUCCUCUGGAGGCAGCUGUCGUCGCUGCUAAAGAAGCGGCGCAGCAGAAUGCCACUCCUGACGAGCAGGCGGCUGCAGCAGGGCAGGCGGCAGCUGCGGCACCUGGGGGCAACCCGACCGUGGCAGCUGAGGCUGCACAAAAAGCUGCCGAGGCAGCGGGCGAGAGCCCAACCAAGCAGGUGGAGAUGGCAGUUCAGGCAGCGGCAAGCGCUGCUGCUCGUUCCAGUGGAGGCAACGCCACCAAGGCGAGCACAGAAGCUGCGAAAGCAGCCACGAAGGUGGCCGCCGCAUCAAAUCUGACCACGCAGGAGGAAGCUGUGAUCAUUGCAAGCGCUGCCCGAGAGUCCGCCUCAGAGUCGGGCGCCGACGUGGAGUCCGUGGGCAAGGCAGCUGCUGCGUCGGCGAAGGCAGAGGGCGCAACACCCGAAGAGCAAGCGGCAGCUGCAGCUGUUGCGGCAUCGGAUGCUGCGAAGAAGCAGGGCGCCAAUGCAACACAGGCUGCCGAAGUCGCCAUUGCUGCAGCCAAAGCCGCUGGAGCCACGCCGCAGGAACAAGCUUCGGCCGCCUCUGUUGCCUACACCCGCGCUGGUGGCAACGAGACACUGGAUACCGGAAGCUUUGGGUUGCCACCCGCUGUGCACCGACCGGUUGUCUCCGAGAAGGAAGCCGAAGAGAUCGCGGAGAAGGAACCCGAGGCUGUGGAGGGCAGUGAAGUGCUGGAGGUGAGCGACCCUGAGACCUUCAUUCACGAUGCGGCAGCUCUCGAGGCCGUUCGCGAUGCCUUGGCUGAAGAGCUUGGCGUCGACCCGGAUGCCAUCAUCGUCAAGGGUGCGGAGCCUGCAUCAGUCUCUGCGAACUCGCCAUCAAUGCUGGAGAUGGGCCGAAAGUCCUCAGCGAUGGCCAGGAGACAAGCUCCGGCAAAAGGAGAAGUGAACAUCACUUACGAGGUCGUGCCAAGUAUCAGUGGUAAAAGCGACGAAGACGUCGUCAAGGCCGUCGCCGCGCUGGAUGGACAAACAGCUUCCAAAGUGCACGAGAAGAUCUUCGCAUCCAAGAACCUCCCUUAUGCAGUCCAGGUGUCUGGUCUGGACCUCUUCGUCGAGAACAAGGAGACUGGGGCCGCGGUUCUUGAAAGCACCAUCACAGGCUUGAACCAAAUUAACCAAAGAAGCGGUGCACCUCCGCCGACGCUGGCUGUGCCUCUGGCGAGUGUCGUAGCACUCUUCUCAUGGAUGCCUGCCUUUAGCACGGAAGCAGCGGCCUGGGCUGGGCGGAUGGAGGCCGCUGUCGGGAGGCCGACGGCGAGGCAGCCGCUUUGGCUGAAGGUGGACAGAGCGGUCCAGCGGGCGGCGCGCAUCGAGUUGGGCCGCAUGAGGACGGCGCUGGAGGUUUCAGACCCUGACCAGCUCCAGGCCAUGAUGACCUGGUGGAUGGCAAGAGAUGCAAGCGCUGCUUCUUCUGGUGGCAUGGCCACUGCUCGCUUGUUGCAGGAAGACUCGGCCAGGGAAGAGGGCGAGGAGACUCUGGGAGCCCUGCUCUUCUCGGAGCGUCUUCACCGAAGGUUUCCCUACACGUCCUUUUAUGGUAGAGACGACUACGCGGUCGGAGGCACUCCGUCCGAGGCGAGUGCACCGGGUGCCGAGUUCGAGCGGCUGCAGCAGGCUUUGCAGCAGAACCUUGAGGCUCUGCAGGACCUGCGAUCCAAGCUUGCUCCCUACCAGGAUGCCUCGCGCAACUCGGGUUUGCUGUGGCGCUGGGCCGACGUCGUCGCGGUGGCCUCGCGCUUCCGGGAGGCUCUGCGGCUGCCGUCGAAGGCCCAGCGCGCCCUUGCGGUCAUGCCUGCCGCCGCAGCGACAAGAAACGGCAUGGCGCUGACGCGGCGCUUUUCGGAAGUGGACUUUUCAGACAACAUCGCUGAGUUUACAACGAUUUGCGGGCUGUUCCUUGCCGCUGUAAUUGGUCUCUUGGGAUUUUGUGCUGCUGCUUUAUGGCACAACUACGGCUGGGCGGCUGGGCUCUUUGCUUUCGGUGCUGCCAACUCGGUGCUCUUGCGGAACUACUCGCGCUUGCACCUUCCGCACAUCCGACGCCGCCUGGAACAUCGACUUAAAGAGCUGUCGCAGCAGAAGGAUUCCUUGAUAAGAGAUGUCCAACAGGUCCAACACGCUUCUCGCAAGACAGGGAUGGUGCAGGUGCGGGCCCACAUAUUCUUGCAGAGCGUCAACGUGAUUCGCAACAUCGAUUAUUUGACUCGCUGCAUCAAGACGGAGGUUCAGCGCCUAGCUUCGGACCGCAACCCUCGCAAGGCUCAGUUGAGACGCCGGCUAGCUUCCAGUGGACUGCAGCUGCUGCUGGCUUUGCUCCCCCACAGUCCACCGCAGUGGCAGCAGGAAGCCCUUGGAGGUGAGAACUGUGCAGAGUUGGCCUCCCUGCUCUACGCUCGUCGGAGAGGACUGGCUCCGCCGGUGGCUUCGGAAGUCCUGUCCAGCGGAUACAUGGAAUCUCGCAAGCGGCUCUGGUUGCUCUUCAGGAUGGUUCACCUCAGCUCCGCCAUCCCGACAGAGGUGCAGGGCAAGCUGACAGCCCUUGUUGACAGCUAUUUGCGGCCAGUACUCGUCGAGCGGCGUGUUCCCACAGGCUAUUGCCAAGUCCUCGCGAACCCUUCGAACAGCUCACAUGCCAUGUUGGAAGACAGCAAGCGGGAAGGCGGUGACGACUUGGGCGAGGAUGUUCAGCAGCAUGGAUCCGCGAAAUGCGCGAGCGUGUCGAGUGCUCGAAGCGUCGAAAGCGAGGACCAAACUGCGGAGAGCGAGGACACAUUCUCGUUCUGUGCAUCCACCGCAUCUCAGUCCAAGAUCUCCAGCACGUCUUGUGAUCGCAUGGGCAACACCUCGAAAGCAGUUCGCAAGCUCUUCGCGACACGGAGCGACAUCAUGCAGGUCUUGAAACGACUUCCUGCACCGGCGCUGAUGUCUCCAUCAGGUUCCACGACGCAGACAGACAGCAUCCUUCGAGAAAUCUUUACCUCGGUGGCUGUUGGCGUUGCUGCGAACGGCCAAGAAGGCCAAGGCCAAGCGGGUGCUGUAGGCCUGGCGAUCGGCUACCACUAUGGUGAGAGGCCAUACAACCUUUCCGGGCGAGUCCAGACCACGCUGGAAUUGAAGGUGGCCCUUCCACAGGCCCAAGCUGGCUCCUCCAGCGCUGGAGGCUCACCCUUGGAGGUGAAAGUGCAGCUCUGUCAACUGUCGGACUCCGAGCCCUCCGCCGUCGAGGCACUUGCGGCCUGGAGCGACCUCGCCGCCGCCCUCCCGCUGCGCUUCAACGACUCGGCCCUGAGGGUGCGCCGAAGGCACCUGAAGAAGGCCAAGGAAGCCUUGCGCUCACUCCCAAAAGGAUGA